GUUGAUAGUGUACUGAGAAAGUUCGCCAUUUUGAAUGCCUUUCGUUGUAGUUGUUUGAGUUCAGAGACAAUUUCAACUCAUUUCUAGUCUCGAAAAAUAUAAUGUAGCCGAUAAGGCUAUUUGCAAAUAUAUCUGAAGAGUAUAUUCCUGUAAUCAAAGAAAAACAGCAUGAGGAACUAUCUAUUUAGUUGUGCUGUUGUUUGUACAUUUGCAAUAUGGCUGGGUGCUUGCAGUGGAAGUGUAUUUUAUGAAGAAGCAUAUCAGAGUAAAAUCUGUGUGAAUGAUUCUCCAUGCUAUGACUAUGCUCUUGCUCAAUUUGGUGCAGUAGAGAAGUACCCCACAAAGGGUUAUCUUCAUGUAGCAAAACCUCUCAAUGCCUGUAUGGCAGUUCAAGAAAAUCCUUGCGGUGACAUAGACUACCCCUGCUUCCUUCUGGUAGUCGAAGGGAAGUGCUCAUAUGGUUACAAGGCUUUUGUGGCUGCAAAUGCAGGUUUCCAAUUCGUGAUCAUCUACAACAAUAAAGAUGAURASCUGAAAGAAAUGGAAAAUAAUAAAUAUGGGAAGUUGGUGAGAGGAGAUAUAAUGGCUGUCUUUGUUGGCAAGACUGCUGGUCUUGAUCUUAAGAGGAAUAAUUAUACAACAGGAAGUAAAAUUACAAUUACACCUCCACCAUUGUUUCCUAACCUGGAAUACUAUCUUAUUCCAUUUGUUAUUAUUGUUGGUAUUUGUUUUAUCGUCAUGGCUAUGUUUAUGGUAACUCGCUAUUAUAAAAACUAUCUUGAGAAAAGAAGAAAUAGAAUCACACCAGCUAACCUUAAGAAGAUCCCCACCAGGAAGUUUAAGAAAGGAGAUGAUUACUAUGACGUGUGUGCAAUCUGUCUGGAUGAAUACAAGGAUGGUGAUAAACUAAGGAUUCUUCCAUGUGACCAUGUGUACCACUGCAAGUGUGUAGAUCCAUGGCUAACUGAAGGUAAAAAGACUUGUCCUGUUUGUAAGAGGCCUGUAGAAGGUGGCAAUAAUGCCACUAGCACCUCAGCACGGAGUAGACGACAAGAACCCAGUGAUUCUGAUGCAGAUGAGAAUACACCUCUCAUUCAACCUUCAUCAUCAUCAUCAACCACAGGAAGGUCAAUUGAGGUGUAGAGUUGACUAAACGAGCUAUAAUUAUGAAUGACAGGACUUAAGGACAGCUUAUAUUGCAGUUUUAGAAUAAUAUGAAAUUUCAGUCCAUUCAGUCCCAGACCCCUCACCACUAAUGGCAGCUUGUUAGUGGCAAGGCUCCUGGGAACUUUGGAGACUUGUUUCAAUAGGUAAAACAAAAAAUUCAAAGCUAAAACAACAAAUUGUCAAUGAUUCAGCCUGAAUGAAAAAAUGAACAAUUUACUCUAAGCACAAGUCCCAAAAGUAUUACAUAAUAACAAAAUGGUUGAAACAUUUCACGGAAGGUGUGAACAAAACAAAACAAAAUUGGGUGAUAUAUCUAUUGUAAUGGUGGUUUUAUGUAAGUAUUAGUGAUCUUUUCAGGGACGUAUUAUAUUUUUUUCAUGUUUUUAUGUGUAUAAAUAACAUCCCUAACCCUUAUUCYAGAGGUUUGAUUUUUUUCUUUCCUCGCUGCUGUUCUUUUCAGCACAAAGCACAUGUACAAAAACUAAAAACAUCAAACUUUGGAGCUAUAAUAUUACUUUGUUCCAUUUUCUCCAAUGUUACUCUGGGAACUAGAUGUCAAUUUUUGACAGAUUUGUCAGAGUUGUUUUUUUAGAGAAGGUUGAAUGUUUCAAAAAAUACCAGACAGACUGCUKCCAAGUAAGAAUCUUAUCAGUAGAUGCCUAAUGCCAUUAGCUAAAUAUACAUUACCUCAAAUUUCAAUGUACAUGUAAUGUACAUGUAUAUACAAUUUAAACACCAAUAUAGUAUUGACAACAUAAACUUAAUAUCAAACAAUUUUUUGGGUCUCAAAGUCAUAUUUCAGAUAUGACUAUAGUAGAUUAUAUGAUGAUUAUAUGAUGCCGUCUGAGUGUGUGUAGUUUGMCAUGCUUUUCAGUGUUACACUGUGCAGAUUAUCAUCAACAAUCCUAGUAGAGUGUGUGCCAUAUAAGCGUGAAAUAAUUCCUAACUAUGUAGUGCCUUAUAGUUUUUAGUUAUCAACUAUUUYGUUAUUAACUAAGAUUGCACUCGGGUAUGAAAUCAUACAAAGAAACACAAAGGUUGCUAACUAUGUGACUAUUGUUCUUUGCACUGUUCCGCCCCAGUGCUAUCCACUAGUUUGUACAAAAUAGCACAAAUUAGACACUACAUAUCAAGUUUUAUUUCACGGGGGUGUGGCAUGCACUCUAUAAAUUAUUUUGAUUUUUUAUUAAUUUGUAAUAUAUUUUUUACUAGCAAAUUACAUGAAGUGUUGUGAACCUCAAAGUCAUAAUUCAUUAUAAAUGUAAGAGAUAUCUUCUACUGUAGUAAUAUGUUGGUGUCAAUAAAGGCAAGAGCCGACUGUAGCUGUAAUUAACUAUUAAUUUAAUAUUGCAAACACUUCAUGUAAUUCAUUAGUAAUGAUGAUUGUAGUGGCAAACUUGAAUAUUGAGAGGUCUUAAAAUUUGUAAAUAGUACCUUGUAGUAUUAUUAAAUUGACAUUGUAUUCAUUUUUUCCCAUAAUACAACAUCCCAAAUUACAAAUCA